GCAGCAACAGCCGGCGGACGAGGAAGGGGGAAAAUGAGGUAAGCGGCUUCCCUUCUCCGAUCGAUCCAGGAAGGAUAGGAUCGAUUGGUUUUCCUGGAUUACCAUUUUACCGGAAAGAAAAGCGUGCCGAAAUAAAGGUUUUAGUAAUCAUUACUGGCAGAGAAGAGUUCGGCAUGUUGUGAAGCACGUGAUAUUUCAGCAUAACUCAAAUCCAUAACAAGUUGCAACAGAAACACCAGUGUUACGUAACCAGUUAUGCUGGUGUAAUUGUUUCAGAGAGAGAAUUAUCCUUAAAACAAAGAGGCUCAUGGAAAUGGCCAGUGUUCUUUGUAACAGAACUAGACUGGUGACGUACCUGCCAGGAUUUUAUUCUUUGGUUAGAAGGGUUGUAACUCCCAAGGCUUUUUCCACAGCAGGAUCAUCUGGCUCAGAUGAGCCUUCUGUUGCUGCUGCACCACCUGAUAUAUGUCCAAGAACUGUGUGGCCAGAUGAAGUAAUGGGGCCUUUUGGUCCACAGGACCAACGAUUCCAGCUACCCGGUAACAUCGGCUUUGACUGUCACCUAAAUGGUACAGCCUCGCAAAACACAACACCAGUUCACAAAAGGUUGCCUGACAUUUUAGUGGAGCCUUUGGCGAGUGAAAGGCAAGAGUUUGUGAUGGCUCAGUACAUCAAUGAGUUUCAGAGUACUGAUGUUCCUCAUAAGCAAGUUAAUAAUGCAAAAGUAUACUUUGAAGCUGCCAAGGUUGAAUGUGCAAUACAAACAUGCCCAGAACUAUUGCGCAAAGAUUUCGAGUCAAUGUUUCCAGAAGUGACCUCCAAUAAUCUAACCAUAUUAACGGUAACUCAGAAAACUGCAAAUGAUAUGACCGCCUGGAGUGAAGAAAUUGAAAGUGAGCGAGAGACUCUCGUCGAAAAUUUUAUUAACGGUGCCAGGGAAAUUUGCUCUGCUUUGUUAGCUGAAGGCUAUUGGGCAGAUUUCAUUGAUCCAACUUCAGGAUUGGCAUUUUUUGGCCCGUAUACAAACAACACCCUUUUUGAAACUGACGAACGUUAUCGCUAUUUAGGAUUUUCCAUUGAGGACCUUGGCUGCUGCAAAGUUAUUCGUCAUAAUCUCUGGGGAACACAUGUAAUAGUAGGAAGCAUUUUCACCAACGCUGCACCUGACAGCCCUAUUAUGAAGAAACUCAGUGGAAAUUAAUUACAUGGCACCAUGUAGUCUUACUCAAGCACUGGUCAUUAAACACUGUUGGGAAAAAUCAAGUGUUAAAUUACACUGACUGAAAGAUUUUAAAAAUCUGUUAGUCACAGUGGGAUGUGUCUGCACAAUCUAUAAUGGUAGUUCAUCAUUUUAUUUGAGAGGUGCAUGUAUGUAAUGCUAAGCUAUGUUUCUCCUGUUACAAAUGAAAUGAAUAUUCUUAUUUUGGAGCAUGAAUCCUUGACAUUCUAAUGCAAUUCCAUUAGUAUGUCUCUGACCAAAUCUGUAACUUAGGUAAAGUUGCAAAAUACUUUGUAAAUUGCAGGUACAGCAGUAUUAAUACAAAUUACAAAUUAUUUGGGAGUUUGCCUAAUUUUGAACAAAACCAAUUUUGAGAGAAGAACAUUCACAGUUGUGCAAUUGGCUAUGAUUAAAGAAAAUUAAUCUCAACCCCUGAUUUGUACCAGACCCCAUAUUGUUUUGUUUCUGCUUUCUAUAUUUAUUUGCAGUGUAUAAUUUAUUUCAAGUGGGCAUGUACUACACAUAUUUGAAAACAGGGUGCUACUUCACAGUGAUUGUAAAGCACAACAUAUGUUGCAGAAGUUAAGUUUUACCCCUUUUAAAGGCUUUCAUCGGCUUUGCAUUCAGUUAGUAUGGUGAAGCAGUGGGUUGGACUUACAGACCCAUUAGUGGAACAUACCACAUAAUGUGAAUUUUUGGCACGCUGUCAAAAUGUGGAUUUUUGUCAAGUUGCUUCCCAAGUGGAUAGGACUUGUGUGCAUUAACAACCAUGAACAUGCAGGAGCUAAACUGAGCUGUGGGGGAAGUCCAGAUGGGUCCCACAGCCCUGGGAGCCAGCAGUCCUAAAGCUUGAAGAGAGACUGCUGGGUCUGUGUGGUUUCCAUUGAAAAUUCCACUGUAUCCAACUCAUUCACUUGAAAUACAUUUCUAACUAUUUAAUAGGAUUAACCACAGAAAUACUUACAUAACUGCCGCAUCCAUUAACACACAUACUAGAUGAAUUUUAGAAAUCAUUGUCAGGUGGAUUACACCAGUAUAAAAUUUUUAAAUCCUUUGGGAGGGGGAGGGGAGAUGUCUAAAAACUCUGUAAGAUCUCAUUGCUGCUGCUGGUAACCCAUAGGACACUGUGACAUCUUCCUCCUACUUACAAGCAAGAUACCUGAGAGUCUCUGAUCUCUUGGGGCAGAUUUAUCCCAGUGUUGAAUACAGGUAUGCACUGAAUUCUGUCCAUGGCUAUCUUGGGUGGGGGUUUUUUUCUGAAUGAAUUUGUUUGGUGUGGAAUUAGGGUGGAUCCCGUGUGUUUAUCUUGGUUCUCUGUGGAGUACUAAGACAGUAAUUGGCUAAAGGUCAAUGCUGAUGUUAGAUAUUCUUAGUAUCAUAGAUUUCUCUGGUUAACAGUCAAUAUCUGGCUUCCUCCGGUUGUGCCAAAGCUGUCAAAGCUAAAAUCCAGUAGAUUUCUAUGCAAAUAAUGCUUUCCAUGGGUAAGAGACUGGCAGUUUGGGUGUAUGUUUCUGGUGGGAUAUUUUUUGUUUGAUAAUGUGUUAUUUUUUCUAGUGUAAUCUUGUUUACAGAGGUUAAAGGUGCUACGUGUUGUGCUCUCAUUAUUUGCAGCCUGUUUUACACAGAGAAUAGAAUGAGUUAUUAGGAAAUGAUAUACUUCGUGGGGAAAUGGGAGUUUUGAGUGAUUUUCUAUGUUUACAGAAAUCUGUAUUUAGAGAAAUAGUGCAGCUGUAAGUAGGCUGUGCUAGACUCUCUUUCUGGAGCGCCAGUUUUGAUUUUGAGCGGUUAUUUUUACCAGUGGAGAAUUUGUUUUCAGACAGGAAGCAUUUUAAAAAACACAUCAUCCCUUCCUCCUCAGUAUUGGUCUGCCCUGUCAUCUCAUGCUGCUGCAUGUCUAGACCAGGCUUCAGGCUUCCUAAUCAUAAUGUGAUUAAAACCGUCUUCAAAAUUGUUCUUUCUUAAAUGGCUCUCUGAUUCCUAAACUGGGCAUUUUAUCUGCUGUGUAACAAGAAGCCUGCACGUACACAUCAGCAGAAGCAGCACUGCAUCACUAACACAGUUCUAGUCCCUGUUGGUGCUAGAGGGUCAGGGCUGCUCCACUGAGACUCUGGCUCCCUCUUCCAACCAACCACCCAGCCUCUUUUUGUGACCAGUCUGCAGCACACAGUGGAAAAUUCUGAGUGCUUGAGAAGCCAUACCAACAGCAGCUGCUGGCCAAGCUUAAUGUUAACAUAGAUUCUGAACAAGAGUGCAGAAUAAAUCCUGUGGGCUUUGGAACAGUUUGUUUUUGAGAAAGUUCAAAGUGAAAUAUUCCUAUUGUGAUCAACAUACUAAAAAUUACUUUUAUUUUUUUCUACAGAUCAUAAGUAUACCACAGUGAGAUUACUGUUUUACAGAAAAACGAGAAUUAAGAUUCUAUCAGAUAGUGUUAGACACAGUAACUUUAGCCACUAGCUAAAUUACGCUGGAUGUAAACUUGCUGUUAUACUAACCAAAUGCUCCAAGGAGUAUUGUGUGUCGAUGCUUAUUGCAAGUAUUUACAUCCUAUCUGUGCGUUGUGUUGUAGUAAUACAAGGAGUGGUGAAAACUUGUAGAAGAGAACAGGCUGCUUAGUUUAUACCUCUCAAGAACCAUGGAUUCAAAACUACACUAACAGUAGUAAUGUAGCUACAUUUAGCAGUAUCCUUUCUGUAUUAAGGUAAACUCUUUAUGUUGUCAGCUUUGUACUGAAUACAAGGGGAAUGAUUUAAAACUAACUUAUUUGUUACUGUUCCUUUUUUUGCAAAGCAAGUACAUGGUUAUUUCCUAGCAUUUGUCAAUAAAUCACCUUUCUUUCUGAAA